AUUUUUUCUUACUAGCCAGCUUGGUCGUUCAAAACCGGCUCCGUCUUGUCAUUUCUCAGGCGGAGGUCAACUACCAUGCACACAGACAGGUACUCUUCGAUGCUCUCAGCAUGAACGCAUCUAUAUGUAAGUGUAACAGUACUGCGUUUGAAGAGUGGGAGAAAGCCGUUUCUGCGGAGUUCUACAGACACGAGGACAUGGUGGUGAACGCCAGACUGGACCUAGUGUACGGGACAAACACCACCAACGAGCGGUACCUCGCAGUGCCGGCCAGGGCUAUGUUCCUGGCGUUUGUGGUCGUCACAACUAUUGGGUAUGGCCACUGCACGCCCAGGACACCAGAAGGACGAGUGUUCUUGAUUUUCUACGCCAUUUUCGGUAUCCCAUUGAUGAUGACGUGGGUGAGUGACGUCGGAGCUCAGCUGGACUCCCUUCUGAGCUACCUGAUCGGGAAGAUGAAGUCACGGUGCGGCUCCAAGAAGUCAUCAGAAGUCGACAGGUGGGAACUCCCAAGAUUUCUAUAGGCGUAACUUCAACAAAUAUUGUGACGAAGAAAACGUCCUUGUACCAAACAAACACGGUGUAAUGAUUUUUGCUCAGAUGCGGGUAAGGGGCUGGUCGUACGAGCGUUGUGCGAUCGCAAACGGAUGGCAUUGUUGGGUUAGUCGUGCAAGUGUCGUAAACUGAAAUUCAGCUGCCUUGGUAACCGGAAAGGCUGUUGGUUCAUCCACAGCCUGCUUAAAAUUACAACGACGUUAAAAUUGUACAGUGACCUACUAGUACUACGGAUGUGAUGUAAGAUGUGUGUGAGGUAGUUGGUCGCCGUGCGUUGGUCUGUAAUUUAUGGGUAGUAAAAAUGU